UGGCCAGGCGCGGCCGACACGCUCCCAGGGACUGUAGCUGGGGCUGUGAUCCAAUGCUGGGUGCCAUGGAAGGGUUGCUGGCGAGAUGCAGAGUGGGGUUCAGGCUGACCACCAGUACCCCGCAGCUCUCCAGGUCCUUGCCCCACAGGUGUCAGCACUGUGCCCCGGGGAGAGGGCAGCGCCUGGUACUGUCCCGCAUGUUCCAGCCACAGAACCUGCGGGAAGACCAGGUGCUGGCCCUGGAGGCCAGGCCUGGCAACCUGACCUGUAAGAGCCAGCAGCUAAUGCUGCAGGGGGGCCUGAUCCUCCCAGCAAGCCCUGGCUGUUACCAUCUCCUUCCCUACACUGUCCGAGCCAUGGAGAAGCUGGUGCGGGUGAUAGACCAGGAGAUGCAGGCCAUUGGGGGUCAGAAAAUUGACAUGCCCAGCCUCAGCCCAGCAGAACUCUGGCGAGCCACCAACCGCUGGCAGUUAAUGGACAAGGAGCUGCUGAGGCUUAGAGACAGACAUGGCAAAGAAUACUGUUUAGGACCAACUCAUGAGGAAGCUGUGACAGCCCUGAUCGCCUCCCAGAAAAAUCUAUCCUACAAGCAGCUUCCAUUCCUGCUGUACCAAGUAACAAGGAAGUUUCGGGAUGAGCCCAGGCCCCGCUUUGGUCUUCUCCGGGGCCGUGAGUUUUACAUGAAGGAUAUGUACACCUUUGACUCCUCCCCAGAGGCUGCUCGGCAGACCUACAGUCUGGUUUGCGAUGCCUACUGCCGCCUCUUUAACAGGUUGGGGCUGCAGUUCAUCAAGGCUCAGGCAGAUGUGGGCAGCAUCGGGGGCACCAUGUCUCAUGAGUUCCAGCUGCCAGUGGAUGUUGGAGAGGACCGGCUUGUCGUCUGUCCCAGCUGCAGUUUCUCAGCCAACAAGGAGACCCUAGACUCAUUACAAACAAACUGCCCUGCCUGUCAGGGCCCUCUGACUGAAACCAAAGGCAUUGAAGUAGGGCACACAUUCUACCUGGGGACCAAGUACUCCUCUGUUUUCAGUGCCCAGUUUGUCAAUGCCCACGGCGAACUGUCCCUGGCUGAAAUGGGGUGCUAUGGCCUGGGUGUGACACGGAUCUUGGCUGCUGCCAUUGAAGUUCUGUCUACAGAAGGCUGCAUCCGUUGGCCCAGACUUCUCGCCCCUUAUCAAGUCUGCCUCAUCCCUCCUAAGAAAGGCAGCAAGGAGGCAGCGGCCGCAGAGCUGGUGGAGCACUUGCACGACCACAUCGUAGAAGGGGUCCCUCAGCUCCAAGGGGAGAUCCUGCUGGACGAUCGGACCCAUCUGACCAUUGGAAACAGACUGAAAGACGCCAACAAACUUGGCUACCCAUUCGUGAUUGUUGCUGGCAAGAGGGCCCUGGAGGACCCGGCACAUUUUGAGGUUUGGUGCCAGGACACUGGUGAGGCAGUCUUCCUCACCAGAGAAGGAAUCAUGGAGCUCCUGGCCCAAGUGCAGGUUGCCUGAGCGCCCAUGCUGUCACUAACUGCAUUUCCUGUCCUGUACCUGGGCGUUAGUUCAGAAACAGCAGCUCAUGAGGGUUAUACCGCUGUAGUGGAACCAGUUUUAUCUACUCAUUCGCUUGGGUUAUUUGUAUAUGAAGUCGUUAACCUGAUCACCUUCUCUCAGGUGGCUAUGCGCCACAUGCCAGUCCUUUGUGGAAGCUUCUUGCAGGAGUCUGAGAGGCAAGAAAGGCCAAGUUCUAGUCCUGGCCCUUAGCCAAGUCCCUUCUCUUCUCAGCUGAGUUUCUCAUGUGUAGAACAGGAAUGGCUGAAGGGCACGAUCCCCUCACCACACCUUGUCCCGCCAGUCUACCAUGGGCCUCUGUUGUACUCAGCCCAGAGAACAGGGCUGCCACCACUCCCCUACUGAGAAUCAGGGUCUGCUGCUGCCGCAGGUUCAGUUUCCUGAUCUUUAACAUGAGGGAAUGUAACUAGAUCUGUAAAGUCCUUAUAACUCCCUGCAAGUUAACAAUGGCCUGGUGGCCCAAAAAGCUCCAGAGCCCCAGCCCUACUGAGGUGGCUGAAGCACUGAGAUCAUGUUCUGUUGAUUGAAUAAAGUCUGACUGUUGGGAUGAGCCUUUCAAGUUAACUUGAAACACGAAAUAUUGGCUAUUUUAACAGCAUCCAAUAACUUACUGCUUGUAAUUUUUUUUUCCUG